AGCGCGGGCUCGCUGCCUUCUGCCCCGCCGGGAGAGCCUGGCCAGCCGGGCCGCGCGCGCGCCCCCCGCGGCGCACGGGCGCGUGCGGCCGCCACGCGAGCUUUGGGAGGCCAGGGCCGCUGCCCCUGAUGGCGAAUAACGUGAUUGACGUGGCGAUCCGCGGAGUUGGCGGCAGCAGCAGCUCGUCCAGUGGCAAGGUGGCUGUGAAGCUGGAUCCGAGCAACGUGGCCCCGCAGGCGGAAAGCAGGAUCGCCAAGCUUGAGAAGGUCAACAACGUACGGCUCAGCAUGGUUAGUCUUUGGCUUUGUCAGUUGCAGGUGUAUUCGGUUGGUGGUGUCCCAACUGACUCUUGCUCGUGCGGUCAUGGUCUAUUUUCGCAGGACAUGGUGCAGAGCCAGUGGUUGAGGGUUUUUGGCGAUUCAAGGCUCCACGCGAGCGACGCUUCUCACACUGAUGUGAUUUUCGGUAAGCGACGCUUCAUUCAAGCAGAGAUGUUUGCGUGUGAAUGCUCGUGCAUACCCUAUGACCUCAUGUGCUAUUGCUGGAGAGGCUGCAAUCGCUUGCAGCGCCCAGCUGUACAGAAUUGCCACCGAAAGGUGUGAUCUGGCGGAUCGUGAGCAGUCUGAAGCAGCGUGAUGCGACGACGGCCGCAAGGAUCCUCUUUCCUUCCUUCCCUUUCCUCCCUCCUUUUUCCCUCGCCAUCCUCUCCACGCCUGCCCAGUCCCGUCUCUCCCUUCCUCUGUUUCUCUUCCCCCUGCUGCCGGCCCUCCCCCUCCAC